AUGUCUGAGGCGGGGGUGCUGGGCCCCAGGGGACCCGAAGGCACUGGGGUGUGCAUGGGGGACACCCCCUCCCUUAAAGAAAUCGAGCAGCUCCUGAACACCGGGCGGCCUUCUUGCAAUCACGUUGAUGAAGUAUGGCCUAAUCUCUUCUUAGGAGACCUAGUAACAGCUCACAACAGAUUUGUUCUGUGGAAGAUGGGUGUGACCCAUGUUUUAAAUGCUGCCCACGGCACAGCGUACAGCCACGGAGGCCAGGACUUUUACGGAGCGACCAUUGAUUACUAUGGUGUACCAGCCCACGACCUCCCAAGCUUUGAUAUAAGCCAGUUCUUUUUCUCUGCGGCACAGUUUAUCCACAACGCCUUGAACACACCAGGAGCUAAAAUUUUGGUACAUUGUGCAGUUGGAGUAAGCAGGUCAGCUUCCCUAGUCCUAGCAUAUCUCAUGAUAAAUCACCACCUCUCGUUGGUUGAAGCCAUCAAAACAGUGAAGGAACAUCGAUGGAUUUCACCCAAUCGUGGCUUUCUGAAACAUCUGCGAAAUUUGGAUGUUCAGCUACAGCAAAAGAAGGACUGCUGA